CAGUUCCAGAUCCCCACGCCAAAACCAUUGGCGCUGUACAUCUGCCACUGCGCCGAGUGUCGCCGCCAGACGAGCUCCGCGUUUGGCACUUCGGCCAUCUUCCCCCGGUUCGCGCUGCCCGAGAGCGACGCCCUCGCUUGUUACAUGUAAGUUUUUUCGGGGCGCCCGUACAGCUUCCGUCUUUGCGGGUCAUAUGGGCUCUUGAGGGUAUCUGUGAGACUGGUGGUAAAAAGAAAAAGCCAGACAGGGCUAAUAACCUCUGUUUUCUUGUUAGUCGGCCGGUACAGUCGGGAGUCAACUUGUACUGGUAAGUAUCCCGUCUUGACCAUCUCGUUGAAUCAUCUCGAAUUCUACCUCGAGUUUUCUGGCACGCAGAAGGGAAACUUCCCCCAUAUGAGUCGUUUUUCUAAUAGUGAACUGACGAUCUGGGGCCGCUGGCCGUGGUCUAGCUACUUCUGCCGCCACUGUGGCACAAGACUGCUGCAUAGCACACCAAACAAAAAGGUCGUCUCCGUCAAGGGCGGCUGCAUCGACGGCCUCGACUGGACGCGAGCAAUCCACAUCUGGACCAAGUCCGCCAUGGUGCCCAUCCCCGAGGGCGUCGAGUCGUACCCGCAGGAGGAGGAGGACCGGCGGAGCAGCGUCAGCAGCAGCGGCGAGAGCUACGCCUCGUCGCAGGAGUUCCUGGACCAGCCGAGCUCCGGGCCGUACCUUGGACACACGGUGCCCGGUCCGGGCCCUCGUGGUGCUGCGGUAGGGGCGAAUGCAUCGGCUGCGGCUGCGGCCGCGGGUGGUGGGGCGAGGACUUCGGCCAUGGAUGAGGAUGGUGUCAAGAAAGAUCCAUCCGUAAAAGGGCUGUGUGAGCUGAGCAGUGUAUAAUUAUGUGGACGGGUGUGUGUGUGUGUGUAUGUCGUUUGGGUGAGGUC